ACAAGGAAAAAUGUCCAGAUCCGAGCGGCCCGACGACACGCCGGAAAAAGUUGUGAUCGAGAAAAUCGGUCCACACGUCGAGAUCACCGUCGGACGUUACACCAAGAGACAAUUGAGGGAGAUGCUCGUGUCCUCGCUCUCAUUGCUCUCGAGGAGCGGAGCAGAUCGCGAAAACGAUUCGGUGAGACUUUCGGGUUCGGAGCCGGAGGACGUACGCCGAAUAAGGAACGGCGAGGACAUCACCGAUUUAGAAUACGGCGAUGAAUCGGCCGCGCUGCGUUUGUCGGAUUUGAUAUCCGUAGAAGAGGGCGCGAAAUCCGGAGACCUCGAAAAGGACAUCGCCGAUCUACUCAGGAGCAAGGGGAUCAGCGACGACCUGAUAAAGAAGAUUCUGUCCCACGGUCUCACCGACGAAUUGAUCAGGCUGUUGAAAGCGCUGGGGUUCACCGACGGGGACAUCGCCCUGCUACUCGGAAUGUGCAACGCUGUGACGGAACGGCGUGAGGACAGUUCGGACGAGACUUCUUGCAAAUCGUUAUCCUCGUCCGCCGCGAUGACGGCGGAUGGAUUUUACCUGAUGAGUGAAUUCAGGAAUCCGUUGACCCGGGCCCUCCGCGAUGUCCUCAGUAAAAAGCCGAGGAAUCCGACCGAGUAUCUCGGUCACUGGCUCCUCAACUACAAGAUGUGCGAAGAACGAUCGCAGAGGCAGAAGGAAUUCGACGCCGAAGUUCAGGCCGAAAGAGAACGACGUCGGACUGAGGUGGGCUUCGAUCUGGGGAUUUCCGAGGGAGACGAUUACGACGGAGAAGGGAAAAUUAACGAGGGAGUCGAGGACUGGAAUUACAUCGAGCUCGAAACGGACUAAAUACUGCAAUUUUUACCGCGGGUCUCUCACAGACGACUUCGAGGCGAAUACGUAUCUACCGUCGUGUAAUACGGUAGAUGGUGAACGGGAAUUCAAUUGAUUAUUAUUGAUGAUUUUUCUUUUGCUAGACUACGACAUUACGCAAGUAUCAUUCUUACAAAAAUAGGUUAUAUGUAUAACAUUUUAUCUAGAUAUAUAUAUAUAUAUUUUUUAUUACUAUUCUAUAAACUCGAUCCGUGAUACAAUUUUAAAAUACUCAUGUAUUUCAUGUAUGAUAUGUAAAAAUUAUUUUCUCAAUUUCAUGUGUCAUUUUUGAGCGCGGAGGCAGAGAUCGGCAAGAAAAAAAAUGUCUCAUUUUCAAUUUACCCAUUUUUUUCAAUCCAUGUAAUUUAUAUUGAAAACUUUCCAAUCAAAAACGAAAUGAACAAUUCUUCGAAUCGAAUUUUUCAGUUCCGAAAAAAUUGAAAAAUUUUCAAUGUAAAUUACGUGGAUUAAAAAAAUGGAAGAAUGGAAAAUGAGAAUUUAAUUUUCGCCAAUCUCUGCGCGGAGGUAGCGUCGUAGGUCGAUGUACAUAAUAUGCUCGAGCGAUCGGAAUAUUACAAUAAAUAUACAUUGGAAUGCUAGUCGUAUAGGAAGAACAAAAAACUUUUCAAUCAACAAAAACUAGAAAGUGUCUUC